CAAUGUCGGCAGGUAAGAAAAACGAUCUACCUGGCUACGAAGACGGGAAGUUAGGGGCCGAAUCCGUAUGGGACAAGAAGCACCCCACUCCUCCAUGCAAGCCACCGCCAGAAUAUCUAGCAUGGUCUUCAACUGCUGGCCCCGUCACCCCAGGCGGAACAUCUCCCGAUGAAAUCGUGCUAGUCCCAUUCUUCCACACAGUCCAGAAACGUACAAUCAAAGAUUUCUUGACCGGCCGUCGGGUGUACGAGACGAAGAUCUCCGCGCGCGAGAUGAAGCGCUCGCACUACGAUCGGCACUAUGCCACGGACAGCGACGGGAAGUAUAUCGGGACGGGAAAGGCGGCGAUCGAUGCGCCGAUGGUGUACGUGCCGACAAAGAGCACGCCAGAAUAUAUACAGGAGCAGCUGAAUAAGGUGGCAUUUGGGAAGGAGCAUAGGUUCGUGACGACGCAGGUGGGGGAGACGGGGUAUGCGUGAGGUUGGAUACUUUUUGGAUGGGUAGGCUGGUUGAUGCGGCUGGGAGAGAGAUGGCCAUUGUCGUGUUUUGAGAUCAUGGUCAUGGAUACGCUGAGCGUUCGAUGGUAGGCCUUGGUAGCAGUGCUCCAAAUCAACGAAUAUGACGCUCUUACCAUUCGAAG